CAAUAAUCGAUUAAGAAGUUAAUUGAUUCAUUUUGACGCUGAAUUAUUAUCUAUGGCUAACAACAAUUUUUAGAAAUCUCAAGUUUCAUUUGUUAUCUUGGAUCUAGCCUAAUACUUUAGAGAUUACAGUCACAUUAUAUUCAUAGUGUAAUAAUUAUUCUGUUUGAAUUUACUUUUCAUAUAUUUAAUGCGUGAAAUAGUAUUUCUACAACUUGGUCAAACUGGUAAUAAUUGUGGAUUCAAACUGCCUAACUGUGGUGUCAACAGGGUUUCCGUUGGAAAUGACACAACCAAGAUCACAAAAUGUGGUCUCUGGCAUAAGAGUGUUAUGAACUAACGAAGUAUCCUACUGAACAACUUAAGUAGUGUGAAACAACUCAGGCUGAUCUGUAGAUUUCAUCAACUAUAUAAAAGAUUUAAACACUGGAUGGCCGUUUCUCUCGUGUGUGGUCGAGUUUAUCUGUGGUAAUUCCUAAAAAUUUACCAACUUCUGACAUAGCUUUUCAAAAGGACAACAAACAGAAGUGAUAAUUUUCGAAUUGCUGUAUGAUGAAGCUAAUUUUUCAAUCUAACUACACCAUAAUCUUAACUUGUUCACAACUAAAUAUCUAGUUUUGGGAAAUUAUAUCUGAUGAACACGGUGUUGAUCCGAAUGGUCGAUUCAACGGGGAAUCAGAUUUACAGCUUGAACGCAUAAAUGUUUACUUUAGUGAAGCUAUGGGUGAACGUUUUGUGCCUAGGUGUGUGUUAGUUGAUUUGGACCCAAAUACUAUAGAAUCAGUUCAUGGAAGUUUGUUGGGUCAGUUAUUUCGUCCAGAAAAUUAUAUUAUUGGUAAAGCUGGAACGGGUAACAAUUGGGCGCGUGGAAGGUAUACAGAUGGUGCAGAAUUAGCUGAUUCUGUGAUGGAUGUUAUACGUAAAGAGACUGAAAGUUGUGAUUUAAUUCAGGGAUUUCAAAUAAUCCAUGCACUUGGUGGUGGUUGUGGUUCCGGUAUGGCAUGUUUAAUACUAGAACAAUUAAAAGAAGGCUGGCCAGACAGAAUUGUAAACACCUUUUCAAUAUUCCCUUCACCCAAAGUUUCUGAUGUUGUCGUUGAACCGUACAAUGCAAUAUUUACCAUUGAUGUUCUUCUGCAAUUAAGUGACGAAACUGUUGUAUUAGAUAAUGAAGCUUUGCAUAAUAUAUGUACAAAUGUAUUAAAGAUAUCAGCGACAUUUGGGGAUAUCAAUCAUUUAAUGUCAACAUGUAUAGGUGGUAUGACAACGUGUUUUCGUUUUCCUGGGCAACUGAAUUCUGAUCUAAGAAAAUUAGCUGUUAAUAUGGUACCCUAUCCAAGAUUACAUUUUUUUGCUCCAUGCUUUGUGCCAUUAGCUAGUCGUAGUAAUCAACCGUAUAAAGCAAUUACAGUGCCCAAUUUAGUACAACAAAUGUUUGAUGCAAAACAUUUAAUGGCUUAUUGUGAUCCAAGGCAAGGGAAAUUUCUAACUUGUGCAUCUAUAUUUCGUGGAUAUUUAAGUAUAGCUGAAGUUGAAGAAAGUAUGUUGAAUAUACAAGAUAAAAAUUCUCCAUAUUUUGUUGAAUGGAUACCAAAUAAUAUACAAAAUGCAUGUUGCGAUAUUCCAAUGCAAGGACAAAAAAUGUGUGCUACUUUUUUAGCUAAUACAACAGCUAUACAGACUGUAUUUAAGCGCAUACAACAAGCAUUCUCAGUCAUGUAUAGACGUAAAGCAUUUAUGCACUGGUAUAGUGGUGAAGGGAUGGAUGAGUCAGAGUUUCAAUCGACUGAAUCAAAUGUGCUUGAAUUAAUCAGUGAAUAUCAGCAAUAUGAAGAUGCUAAAGUGAUUAUCUAAGUUCAGUGUUCAAUCUCAAGAGAGGUUUUCUGACAAGUACUUUUCUCUUCAUUUGUUUAAGUUAAUCGUAUCUAAUUGUUACUGAUGACUUCUUUUUCGCAUAUUAUUUAUUUCAAAUUUUAAGUGCGAUAACGAAUUAUUACUUAUUAUUUCAGAUUGCUACUAAAUUGUCACGAAAAUAUAACUUUCGUAUGUCAUAUCUCAAAA